AUGCAACCUCUUGUAAUUUCGAAAGAUUAUACAAGAAAAUAUGAGAAAGCUUGUAAGAAGCAUUUAUGUACCCAUUGUGGGCAAUACUUCUCAUCAGAAAUAGUAUUUAGAAAGCAUCAAAAGUAUUGCCAUGGUCAUACAGAUGUGCCUCAAUUUACAGAGCUUCCAGAAAAAGGUAAAAAUAAUAAAUUAUGUUUCAAAAAAUGGAAGCAUAUGAUGAGAUACCCUUGUGUAAUAUAUUUGGAUUUUGAAUCAUAUAACAAGAAAUGUCCAGAGGUCCUUGAAAUUUUUGAAAGUGCAGAGGAAAAUGAAGAAAGCUCUACAGUUCUUGAAACCUUUGAAAAUGCAGAGGAAAAUACAAAUGUUGAAGAAGAAUCUGCAGAUGAUGAAAUUGAAGAAAGUCAUAUUUUCUUUGAAGAUACUGAGGAUGUAGGAAAUGAAUAUGGAGAGGAAUUUGCAAAUGUUGAAGAUGAAGAUGUUCCCGGAAAAACUGGGCAAACUUUAUAA